AUGAAAAAUUUAUCAAAUUGUCUGCUUCUCUCCAUCAUUGCAUGUUUUCAUUUGAUCUCUUCCCAAGACAUUCCAUUGGCUCCGUAUAAUGUGAAAUUAAUGUGCCGUCAAGGUCGGCGGUUUUCCAAGGCGGCUCAGGCGACGAAUCAGUGUCCGACGUCUUCAACUUCUUGUGGAUAUUUUGAAUUUUCAAGUGGAGAUAAGAAGAGUGGAAAUCCAACAACCGGGGUUUACGAUUGUGUUGAUGGCGGGAUUCUAUUUGAGGAUUCUGGAGAGGUGGAUGAAGAUUCGGACGAUAUUCAUGGAAUGUCCGGAUUCUCGGAAAUGUGUGGAGCCAUUCCAAAAUGCACUACACUUCCAGUGGAGAAGCUGAAUCCGUCGUUCAUCAAAUACGUCGUUCAGGAGUAUGACAUCAAACUGGAACUCCUAGAAAACACUGAAAUCCGCUUCUGUUGUGCACUGUUCCACUCUACACUUCAGAGACUAGUGACGUCUCCUACUUUUUCCCUUCGUGAGCAAAAUAUUGCUGAAAACUAUAGAAAUGGAAUCAUGAUUUCAGAAGAAACGGCAGCAGCACCAAUUAGUUGUCAUGGAAAAACCUGUGCUCCUGGAGCUGUCGGGUGUCUUUUACAUGCUGUUCACGACGAGGAAUACGAUGAUUACGAAGAAGAAACCAAACAACGAUACAGAAGACUAGCUCUGAAUGAUUACAUAGAAGAAGAUGAUGAUUAUGUGAAUGCCGUGGAGCUCAAUUUCGAAGACACAGAUCUCGAGUUAAUAACUAGAGAACCACCAGUUGAAACUACUACAACUACAACUUCUAAGCCAACUUUGCCCAGUUUGAAGCUUCCAAUGUCGUUGGAAGAUAUCACAACCACGAAACCAAUGACAACGACUACAUCAAGACCCAGAACAACUGCAUCUACUGGAAUUUCAAAGAGCAAAACUUUUAAUACAAAACAUACUCAUAGUGAAGAAGAGGAAGAAGAAGAGGAUGAUCUCAAGCAAUCUACCUAUUGUGUUUAUCGUCAUUUGAACAACGAAUUCUAUCGCUACUGUCUCUUGGUUCAUCAAUCUAGAGAUGGUGAUCGCUGCUAUCAUCAUCAGGGACAUACGAUAUGUUGUUGCUUCGUGGCGCCGGAUAAAGAAAGUUGUGAUCCAACUGAAAUGGAUCUUAUUGUUCCACCACCGGCUGAUGGAAAAGCUCUCCCUCCACGUGUCAUUGUUACCAUUCCUCCCAGUACAACUACAACCACAACUACAACUACAACGACGACUACCGAAGAGCCUUCUACGAGUACAACGAGUACAACAACUUCAGAACCAACAACAACCACGCUUGAACCAUCACAGUAUCCAUCGUUGCCUCCACAAGUGUAUCGACCGCGACCGAUUGAUCAGAUGAAAAAGAGGAAACAGGCACCGAAAAAAUGCCGAGUCGCCUAUGUCCGCACCAAAUCUGGCUCCCGGACCCGCCCAGUCCUUGUCUGUGAAUCUACUUCUACUUCCAACUCAUUUAUUUAUCCCGUUUUCCUGAUAUCAACAGAUUGUGACAUUGAAUUUGCCGAAUCUGCCACCAAAUUGGCAUCCGAACAUAUCACAGAUCCAGCAAUCGUUCAGUAUAUCCAUGCCGUCAUGUCUUCCUGUAACAAGGCGCCAAUUCAAAAAAUGGCUGAAACUUCAGUAUUCCUUCUGGAAAAGGGCACAAUCACACCUAGAGUGAUGCAUCAAAUUCGAGAAUCCUAUGAAAAGAUUCAGAAGCGAAAGGAGGGAGAAUUGACAAAAAAGAUUAGUCAAUUACCGCCAGAGCUGUACAGUACAGCUCAAAAAAUUAAAAAAAUUUCUACAUCUGGAGGAUUAAGCGGAAAUGAAAGGAUACAACAUGUCGAGAUGGCUCUAGGAGCUCUUCCUUCUUCGUAUCAACGACAGAUUCUCGAAAUUCUUCAGGAAUCCCCUCCGAAACUCGAUGGAGCAACUUUUGAGCAGCCCGAGAAAGCUAUUGAAGUUACGCAACUUCCACCGUCGUUUGCAAUUCCAAAGAAUAGUGAACCUAAUGAAAACUCCCAAAGAUUCAUGAUACCCGAAAGACAAGAAGAACCUGAAAGACGUUUGGAGCAUAAAGUUCCUCUUCCAGAAGCCGAAUUCCCUUCUAUAACUUCAGAAUCGAUGACGAUGGUUCCACGUGUAAAUAUGCCAUUUCAACCUCGAGAAAACCGGAUUCAAAUCCACCCUACUGCCAUUAGUGGGAAACAACAAAAUGUGCUGUUUCCGGAUCUUCCUCCAACCAGACCGAUCGAACCAACUAUCAGAAACCAGGCUUCAGGUCUCAGAAGUCUAUUGGAGAAUCCGAAUUUCGAUAGCAUUUUAAGUUCUAUAGUACAAAAAGGAGCGAAAAUUGCUGAAGGACCUUUGCCACGUACAGUUGGAGCUGUGGAUCAUACGAAAACGGGAUCUAAUGAGCUGGGAAUUCUGAAUCCAGCUAUGUGGUCUGAUGCGGCCAAACUGUUAUCAAGAAGUACGAAUGAUUUGCCAACGGCGCUAUCCAAGUUCAUUGAAAACGGAUCUCAAAAUCUUCCACAAGUUUUGAUUCCUGGUGGAAACCAAAUUCGACAGUCUCCUCCGAUUAAGAGUUUGCAAAAUUCGUUCCUUCCAACACGCCGGCAAUACGACGGAGCACUGGAUAAAUACGACACCCAUGUAGAUCGAUUCGCCACUAACGGACCAACAAAUCCAAUUAACAUUCAGGGAGAUUUAUCACAACUCCGGCUGUCACCAAUCGGAACUACAAGCACUGGAAAUACAGCUAUCCAACCUGCAAAAGUUGAUACGAUAGUUGGAGCAAUGCCAACCAUGCCCCCUUCGGCUGGUUAUCAUACAUAUGCACCUGCUCCGACGGCUAUCGUACCCAAAGUUGUGGAACGAAUUCUCUCCCCUGAAGAGAUCACUGGAUCUUAUAGACAGCAGCAAAUUCGGCCGAUCUACAACGAACGCGUGUAUAAUGGACAACUUCGAAAUGUGAAAAUCGAUCUAGUCAAUGAACAAAGAAGAUUGUGA